AUGUCAACAACUAGUAAUGGUAAUGAUAAUCCAGAAGCAGAUAUUACUCAAAAUCUUGAAAUAAAUGCAAAUCAACCACGACAGAAAACAAAUGAUAUAGUAAACCAAUUUCCAACAUAUACACCAUCAUUACAACAUCAACCUCACAAAUUAUUUUAA